AUUACGUACUCAGCAGUGUGUGCGAAAAAUGAGUAUCGAAUGCUAGUUUGGUGUGCACUGUACGCUGGAACCUUCACAGCUCAAAUUCAUUGCGAGUUCAAGUUAAAUAGGCACAAUAUUUAACUUUAUUUACAAACUGUUUUUUUUAGAGACUGAACUGGAUUACUCACUCGUAUCAAUGACGUGAUGUUUAAGAGACUAUUCAUGCCCUUUGGAAGAAGCAGUUCAGCGCGGACUUCGAACAUGAGUUGGUGUCCACAAUAUACAGGCAGACUGUAACAUUUCAAGUGGAUUCUAAAUUCAAAGCAUCGGAGCCUAAUGUCCACCUGAAAUAAGGAUUUUACGCAUUUUAUCGCGACUGUUUUUGAGUCUGCUGCUACACUGAUGGAGUAGGCUACUUUGGAGGUACGCAAAAUAUUUUCUGUCAGAGCGUUUUCUUUUUUUAAUAGUCGCUAAAAAUUAAAUGGAUGUAUCUAUAGACAACGGCUUCACCAUACAAAGAAGACACAGUUGCACCAACUGGACAAAACAGAUGUUUACUGAAGAAGCAAUAACAAAAGUGUCACAUUUAUUGUAGUCUGCUUGUUAAAUGUGCAUCAACAACGGCAAAACGCACUCCAGCGUACGGGUUCGUGGGUGAAGACUCCACUUGUUACCGGAUUCAACAUUAUUUUCUGACCAGUAACAAGAAACUUGUUCUAUCAAUGCGUUUAAACGUGCGCAUAUCCUACCUUAGAAAUAUAUUCGACACCGGUAAGGUGAUGAGAUAAAGAAUCCAGAACAUUGACUCACUCACCUGCAAGAUACUCUUGUUCUGCUUGCAUAGCCUGCACGAAACGGGAAAAUAGGAUUUCAUAUAUUAUAUUCAUUGCUGGUUAAUAUUUUUCUAUCGUCAACGUAGAUUUACGUAUAAUCUAGGCUAGGCUACAUGCGACACUAGUGAAUGGGAUCUAGAAUUGUGCGAGAUUUACACUGUAUCCACAUUUUCGAAUGAUUUCAUCGUGCCGUUGAUUAAUUUGCCUGACUGAAUAAGCGUGGAAAUGGCAGGCUCCGGUUCCAAUUGGAAGUACUACCUUUGGAUUUUGACAGUCUUGUGCAGGUCGCUGUUGCCCUAUGCCAAAUCAUUGGAAUCGGUGAUUUGGAACUCGCAAAACCCCAAAUUUCAGUAUGGGAAGGGCUUGGUGAUCUACCCAGAGAUAGGGGACAAGCUGGACAUUAUCUGCCCAAAGGCAGACAUGGGGCGGCCAUAUGAGUUUUACAAACUGUACCUGGUGAAGAAGGACCAGGCAGACCAGUGCAGCACGGUCAUGGACCCCAAUGUGUUGGUCAACUGCAAUAAACCUGAGAAGGACAUCAAAUUCACCAUCAAGUUUCAGGAGUUCAGUCCAAACUACAUGGGCCUGGAGUUCAAAAAGAACAUCAACUACUUCAUCACAUCCACGUCGAAUGGGACCCUGGAGGGUCUAGAGAACAGGGAAGGAGGGGUCUGCAACACCCUCUCCAUGAAGAUCGUCAUGAAAGUGGGCCAGGACCCAAACACAGUUGUACCGGACCCAGUUAUAACAGACAAGCCACGCCAAGACCAGGACAACACUGUGAAGGAGACAACCACCAGCCCAUAUAAGAAAAAGGGGGGCAGUGGUGAGGCUGUGGAGCCAGGCAACAAAGACACCAUGAACCAGGACAACAAGUCCAACUCAGCAGAGGGUAUUUUUGCCUCCAAGCCAGCGCUGUUUGCUGCCAUCGGGGCGGGAUGCGUCAUCUUCCUGCUGAUCAUCAUCAUCCUCAUCGUCCUGCUGAUCAAGCUGAGGAAGAGGAACCGCAAGCACACCCAGCAGCGGACCACCGCUCUGUCACUCAGCACGCUGGCCAGCCCCAAGUGCUCUGGGAACGCUGGCUCAGAACCCAGUGACAUCAUCAUCCCUCUACGGACUACAGAAAACAACUACUGCCCCCAUUACGAGAAGGUGAGCGGGGACUACGGCCAUCCGGUUUAUAUAGUCCAGGAGAUGCCCCCGCAGAGCCCAGCCAACAUCUACUACAAGGUCUGAGCAAAGACUAUCUUUAGGAUGUUUGCUUGUAGGGGAGAAUUCUGGCCUACCUUUUACUACCUUGUCCAUCUGAUGUUCAAAAUAGCAUCACAAGAACAGAAAUAAAAAACAGGUUGUCA